UCCCAGCAUGCCUCAGGCGGUUCAGUGUGGCUGGGGAAGUUGCUGGAGGUGAAGACAAGCAGGAGGAAGAAGUCAGCCAUGUAUAUGCAGGUGGAGAGCCACACGGGGACCCGUUUACACCUGAAGAGGAACCCCAGCAUCCGCUCUUGGUCCCUUUUGGUUGGAAUCUCCUCGGUGGGGCUGGCAGCUGCGUAUUACAGCACAGACUCCUUUGGUUGGAGGCUCUUCUAUGUGGCCGGCUGUCUCUUUGUGGCUAUGCAGAAUUUAGAAGAUUGGGAAGAAGCCAUAUUUGACAAGCGGGAAGGGAAGGUCACCCUAAAAACAUUCAACUUGUACAGGAAGCUGUUGACGUUGUGUAAAGGAGGCCAGGAACAAGCGGUGGUGCUCCUCAGCGAGAUAAGAGACAUCAGCGUCCAAGAGGAGAAAGUGAGAUACUUUGGGAUAGGCUACCUUAUUGUGUUGCGUCUUCUGACGGGAAUAUCUCACGCACUUACCCAAAGCGCAGUACUGGGAGGACGCAGUGAUGUGGAAGCCGUGGCCAAACUCCUGACCAACUUCCUGGAACUAGACAUGGCAGGAUUCCACUCCGGAAUAGCAGAGGAGAGCAGCGACAGCGAGGAAGCCUUGGACAAAGAUGACGAAUGAGUCC